AUGCAGGCGGCCGAUACUACGAAGAUGGGGGUUGGCGCAAGCACUCAUGAUGAAACUGCACAAGUACAUGGAGAUUCUGAACCGAGAUUGGAAGAACCAAAGGAGCAUUUCGAGAAUGCGUCUGCAAACAAUGACACGACCGACCAAGCGCAUACCCGCGACCCAGAAAAGACCACGCCACCCCCAGCAUCAUCACCAAACACCGUCGACCCCGAACACCCAGAUAAAGAAAAGAGCACAGCAGAAGCCAUCGCAAAGGAAAAGACCACCGACGACACCACCCCCGAAGACGAGUCCAGAUACCUGCACGGCCCCAAACUAGCCAUCCUCUCCAUCGGCCUCUGCCUAACCACCUUCGUAAUCGCCCUCGACAACACCAUCAUCGCAACCGCAAUCCCGCGCAUCACCACCGUCUUCAACAGCCUCGAAGAUGUAGGCUGGUACGGGUCUUCCUACCUGCUCACUACCACGUCCCUGCAACCCUCUUUCGGAAAAGUGUACACGUACUUUGAUGUCAAGUAUACGUACCUAUCUGCGUUGGUGUUGUUCGAAGUAGGCAGUGUUAUAAGUGCCGCGGCGACUAGUUCGGCGAUGUUUAUUGUGGGGAGGGCGGUUGCGGGCGCGGGGGCUGCGGCGUUGUAUUCGGGUGGAAUGACGAUUAUUGGGUUCUCGGUGCCGUUGAGGAAGAGGGCUAUUUAUAUUGCGGCGCUGUCGAGUAUGUUUGGUAUUGCGUCUGUUGUUGGACCGAUUCUUGGUGGUGCCCUUACGGAUCGAGCGUCGUGGAGAUGGUGCUUUUGGAUUAACCUUCCGUUUGGUGCUGUGUCGCUGGGUGUCGUGUUCUUCUUCUUUACAAAUCCAAAGAGGAUGUACUCGCAUCUGCCGGUGAAGCAGCGGUUGAAGAGCAUUGAUAUCGUAGGGGCUGUUUUCCUGAUCUGUGCGAUUGUUUGUUUGCUGCUGUGUCUGCAGUGGGGUGGGUUCAGUUACGCAUGGAGUAACUCGAAGGUUUGGGGGACGUUGCUAGGCUUCGGACUGCUGAUCUCUGUCUUCAUCGGCUUACAGAUGCGCAAGGGAGAUCGGGCGACGAUACCUGUUCGAGUGUUUACACAGCGAACUGUGCUGGUCAGUUGCUUAUAUUCAACACUGCUAUCUAUGGCUCUGUACACCCACAUCUUCUACCUCCCCUUCUACUUCCAAGCCAUCAAAGGCACCACCGCCGAAGAAUCCGGCAUCCGCACCAUCGCCUACCUCGUCAGCAUAACCGUCUCCUCCAUCCUCAUCGGCGGCCUCAUCACCCUCGUCGGCUGGUACGCCCCCUUCAUGUGGUUCGGCAGCGCCAUCUUCGCCAUCGGCGCAGGCAUGCUCUACACCCUCACCGUCCACUCCCCCCCGGGCCAAUGGAUCGGCUACCAGAUCCUCGCUGGCAUCGGCGCAGGAGCCGGUGUCCAGAUCCCGUUUGUCGCUGUCCAGGUUGUCACGAACGAGAAGGAUAUGCCUACGGCGAAUGCUUGCGUCAUGUUUUUUAAUUCGCUGGGGGGUGCGCUGUCGAUUAGUAUUGCGCAGAAUAUCUUUGUUAAUACUUUGAAGAAGGAGGUGCCGAGGUAUGCGGAGGGGUUUGAUGCGAGGAUUGUAGCGAGUGCUGGGGCGACGAAUUUGAGGAAGGUUGUUCCUGGGGAUAUGUUGCCGGGGGUGCUGCUUGGGUAUAAUGAGGCGAUUGUUACGGCUUUUGUGCUGGCGAUUGCGACGAGUAGUGUGGCGUUUUUUGUUAGUUUGGGGAUAGAGCGGAAGAGUGUUAAGGGGAAGAAGAUUAUGGCUGGUGGUGCGGCGUAG